AUGGGGCGGCAGCUUCCGCGGGCGGGCGGCGGCGGCGGCGAAAUGGGCGAGCGGGCGGCCCUGAGGGUGGCAGCCGCCGUGCUGGGGGCGGGCGCCUGCUACUGCCUCUGGCGGCUGGCGGCGGGCGGCCGGCGGGGACAGCGGGCUGCGGCCGGGGCCGCCCGGGGCCCGCCGUCAGACAACAGUCCUCUAGCAUCAACCCAUACCAUGGAUGCGGAUGCUUUACAGAAACUUAUUCAUUUGCUCCAGGCCACAGAUGAUCCAUUAAUUCAAGAGCAAGCUUUAAUUACUCUCAGCAACAGUGCUGCCUUCUCUGUAAAUCAAGAUAUAAUCCGAAAUUUGGAUGGCCUUUCUAUUAUUGGAAGGAUGCUUUCAGAUUGUGUUCCCAAAGUUAAAGAAAAAGCAUUAAAUGCACUUAAUAAUUUGAGUAUGAAUAUUAAAAAUCAGGAAGAGAUACAGGUAUACAUAACACAAGUUUGUAGGAGCAUUGAGUCAGCUCCCCUGAACUCUGAACUGCAGCUAGCUGGACUCAGAUUGUUGACAAAUAUGUCUGUUACCAGUGACUACCAUCAUAAGAUGAUAAACUCAAUUCCAUGCUUUCUUCAUUUGCUUUCAGAAGGAACUGAAAGGACACAGAUUCAAGUUUUGAAAGUACUUGUGAACUUAUCUGCAAACCCAGCCAUGACAAGACAUCUUCUCAGAGCUCAAGUGCCAUCAUUGCUGUUACUUUUUGGCAAUUGUACACACAGAGAUAUUCUGCUUAGAGCCCUGGCAUUUGCAGCAAACUUGAAAAAGAACGUGAACAAUGAAGAUGGCACCAUGAUUCAGGACCAGUACAGUGAAGAUUCAAUUUUCUUCAUACUCUGCAGGGACUCUGCCCCAUUCACUCAGAAACUGGCAUCUUUGUUGCAUCACCCUGAUACAGAAGUGAAAGAGCAAGUUGUGAGAUUAUUAACACAGUAGUGUUUUUUUUUAAAAAGAGACUGACCUGAUGAAAAUACCUGAUCUUAAGAAUGCUGUGAUUAAAAAAAAAAACCCAACAAGCAAACAAUAAAACAACCAAAAAAAUACUGGAUAGUACCAUAUUAUUAGGCACAAACCAGUUACUACAAAAGAGAAUGCAAUGUAUUUAAUAUAGAAAGCGUAACAUUUUUUUAUGAGCAAGACAAAAGCAGUAGCUUAAUUAGUACUGAAAUACCACUGUACAGCUGGUACCUGUACCAGAGGGGGAGGAAUAGUUUAAAACAUGAAGACUUUCAUACAUGCACUGACCAUUUCAAAUGGGCGAGUGAAGUGAAUCAAAAUAUUCUUCUCGAUGUCAAAGAAUUUUUGUUGCCUUAAAUAUUUACAGCUGUUGAAUAAAUAUCUCUACAGAAUGGAGCAUUAAAGAUUUAGCAAUUAGAGAUUAGGCAUUUACUUUUUUUAAUCUGAUAACUACUAAAUGGGUGCUGGCAAAUCCUAGAAAAUAUUAAAUAAAAAUAAUACCAAACUAUCAUUGGAUUCCUACAAAAUUAGUAUUUUCAAUGAAAACUGCAUAUUAAGGUUACCCACCCUGUUUUGUUCACCUUACCUGCAUGAAAUAUAUUCUGAAAUGACA